AUGGAGCCUUAUGACCCCCCCACCACAGUGCUGGUCCAGAGACAUGAGCCCCAGGGUGUCUCCACUAUACUCAGCAGCACCGACUUCUUCCAGAGUGAACAGAACCGCACGGUGAUCCUGGAGCAGGCCGACAGCUUCCAACUACGAGACAAGUACCUGUUCGCCACCACCACCCGGAAACAGUUUGGCAGCCAUGCACCUUCAUCUGUCCAGCUCUGGGUCUCCUACAACCGCCAGCCAAUGAAAGCAGCCCAGUUUAUGACCCGACAUCCAAUCACAGAGUACUACAUAGCAGAUGCGUCAGAGGACCAAGUGUUUGUGUGUGUGAAUCACCUGAACAACGUCACACACCUCUACAUCUCGGACACACAGGGCCUGUCCUUCUCUCUGUCUCUGGAGAAUGUUCUUUACUACAGUCCUGAGGGCUCUGGCAGCAACACACUGAUCAGGUACUUUGCCAACGAGCCCUUUGCAGACCUGCACCGUGUGGACGGGCUGCGAGGAGUCUUCAUCGCCACGCUCAUCAACGGCUCGCUCAACGGCUCGCUCAACGAGGACAAUAUGCGAUCAGUCAUCACUUUCGACAAGGGGGGGACGUGGGAGCUGCUCCAGCCCCCUACUGCUGACAGCCUGGGAGGCACUGUGGAAUGCCAGCUCGGUAAAGGUUGCUCCCUGCACCUGGCCCAGCGCUGGAGCCAGUUGUUCAACAUCCAGCUGAGGAGGAUGCCCAUUUUAUCCAAGGACUCUGCACCUGGACUCAUCAUGGCCACAGGUGGGACUACAUUUUAGUUUUAACCCACGCUUAAAUUCCACUAUUCGAAUAGUACUAACUAGAGUCUGUAAAUAAAAUAAAAGAUACAAAUAAAA